AAAAAAAAAAAAAAAAAAGGUACAAUAACCAUGCUACGUGACCGUAAUUAAAGUAAAUCAUACCCUGCAAAAUAAAACAAAAAAUUGCGUUUUUUUUACUUUUUUUUAUUCUCUAGAAUCUCACCAGUAACCAACCAUUAAGCAUGUCAUUCUUUGGAGUAAAUAAUGCAGCACAAUCACAGACGGUCAAUCCACAAAACUUGGCAAUGGCAGAACAGGAAUUAGAAAUGGUGACCGAUCUAUUUAACCGUAUUGUUGAUUCUUGUUAUACCAAAUGCAUAUCCAAAAAUUAUACCCAAGCAGAACUAAGUCAAGGUGAAGCUCUUUGUAUUGAUCGUUGUGUGGCGAAAUAUAUCGAUGUCAAUUUAAAAGUACAAGCCAAAAUGAACGAAAAUUCAGGGCAAGCAGCAGCCGCCGCCGCCGCCCAGCAACAGCCAUAGUUGUUGGUUUUAAGAAACACAAAAUAAAUGUUUUUCCUUAUUUUAGUCUUGAAAUGAUGUAAAAAAAAAAAAAAAAAAAAAAAA